UCCUCAGCAGAACUGCAGGUUUUGUUAUACCUGAUCUCAAGGCUCCAUAAAAGUGAUUCAUUACAAGAACUUUACAGACUAAGAGAAGAAUCGGAGUAUGUAAAGCUACAUAUAGACGAUGAUAUGUUUAUUGUCAUGCUCAGGGUUGUGAGGGAUCUAGGAUGCCGCCCAUCACUCCCCCGUGGCGAAACGCAGGGGAGAUCAGAUGCGGAGAUAUACCUCCGCUAAACAAAAGGGGCUCGACGGGCAACACAACGUAGACCGGCCACUGAGCAUGGCUAAUUGUAGGCCACAGAAGCGUCAAGGAAGUCUACCGAUCAGAACAAGGAUGAAGGAAGGGUGAAAUACUUGAGCUUGUCGAGAAAAACACACGUUCACUCAUUUUAGCAGAUACUGGUUCCGGAAAGUCAACACAAGUGCCUCAGAUGAUACUCGACGACGCUAUCGCUAGGGCUCUGGAACCGAGUGCAACAUUAUCUGCGUUCAACCUCGUAGAAUGGCAGCGACCUCACUGGCAAAGCGUGUGGCGAAAGAAAGAGGAGAAUCACUUAGAUGCUCCGUUUGGUAUCAAAUUCGAUUCGAUUCUCAGAUUCCCACAAGACCAGGUUCAAUCAUGUAUUGCACGAUAGGUUCUCUCCUGAAUAUGCUGAAUUCCACGUUCUAUCUGGACUCCUUCUCCCAUACAAUCCUGGAUGAAGUCCACGAACGAGCUCUUGAACUCAUGCUCUUCCUGAGAAAAUUUGUUGAUCGACAUCAAGCACUCGGAUUGAAGGAACCUAAGAUUAUUGUGAUGAGUGCAACUCUUGAUACCGAUCUUUUCGCCUCUUAUUUUCAAAAUCCGUCGAAAGACGGAGGUCAUCUGCCUGCUCCACAUGUUCAUAUUCCCGGUCGCGCUUUUCCUAUGGGCAAACAUUACCUAGAUGAGAUCAUUGUAUCUUUAUUCAAGGCUUACUCUCCGCAAGCGCGGUCAUUAUUGGUUCAUGAACCCCAGACAGCGAAAUAUUUGAGAAGGUAUAAUCUUCUAACAAUACCAGAACACCCGGAUUCUGAUGAAAGAGAGAACGAUGGAAAUCAGCAUUCGAAUAAUCCAACUGUGUCACAAGUAAUUCCACCUGUUUAUGGAGAGGAAGGCGCUUUGAUCCCGAUAGGCUUGAUAUGUGCCGUUAUCUGCUAUAUUUUGUCUAGUACUGACAAAGGCUCUAUUCUAGUCUUCCUCCUAGGCUUACGGCACAUCAUGAAUGUUGAAACUGUAAUUCGGAAAUAUGGAAAGGUUUUGGGCUGUGACUUUUCUGAUGAAGGUCGUUACAGAAUCAUGCAACUCCAUACGAACCUUGCCGAUAGCGAGAAGGAGCUCUUCAGUCCGGCCACGCCAAAUCACCGCCGAAUUAUCCUGUCUACCGACGUGGCGGAGGCUUCCAUAACUAUUUCAGAUGUAAAAUUUGUAACCGAUACGGGCAAGGUAAAUCAAAGAAUAUAUGAACCACGGUCAAAGACUGCCCGGCUCGCAUGUUGCCGGAUAAGCCAAUCUAGCUCUGCUCAGCGCGCGGGCAGGGCUGGCAGAGUUCAAGAAGGAGAGUACUUUGCUCUUUUUACGAAGGAUAUGCACAAGUCUUUCCGCGUCACCAGAUUCCCAGGAAUGAUGCAGGAAGACUUGCAGCAGACGGCUUUGCAAGUGAAACGAGCAGCGUUCGCUUCCUCUAUUCAGGACACUCUACGAGACUCCAUUGAACCCCCGGACGAGGCCAAGGUGGACUUGGCAGUUAACAACUUGCAGCUUAUGGGAGCUUUGGAUGAGCGAGAGGAGCUUACUUCUCUCGGUGACGUUCUUUCAGAAUUUCCUCUUGACCCAUGCUGUGCAAAGCUGGUAUUGCUGGACGUUAUAUUUCGCUGUCUUGAUCCACUUCUCAUUAUCAGGUCAACCGGGGGUGAUCAAUCUCUCUUCUGCUCAUCAGCAAACCAAGAGGCACGUAAAGAAGUGCAUAGAUCUCGUGUCUCCCGAAACACCUGGAGUGACCACCUGAGUGCGGUUAACGCAUUCAAGGCGACCCGUGAUGUCUGGUAUCGAAUGGAUCGUGCAAGCGCAUUCAAGUUUGCAGUAUCCAAGCACAUACGUUUCGACCGUGUCUGCGAAGUACUACAUUCUUCCCGUCAUACACUCCGGUUCCUGGCUAAGAAAAGGCUUAUCCCUUGGCAUGCACGUCUGGAUGAGAAUGUUCAGUUUGGAGGCGCCGAUUUAAAUACCAAUUCUUGGCGUGUCCCACUUAUCAAGGCGUUGUUAUAUCAUGCCGCGUAUCCCAACCUUGCAGCUCCUUCAUCUGCCUCGCGCCGACGUUAUUUCACCAAGACUAAUGACGUAACGCACAUGUCGCCCUCGUCUGUCAACUACGCAAGACGGCCAAGGUGCUUAUUCUUAUUCGAUUCACUCAACAAGCCUUCUUUGGUGGACACAUCAUUUCUAAUGCAAACUUCACAUGUCACGCCGCUCGCUGCUUGCAUUUUGGGAGGGCGACUCCAAGGGAGUGGCCGCAAAGUACACAUGGACUUAUGGCUAGACUUCCUUGUCCAAGCUAAUAACAGGCCGAAGGUGACCGUGCGGCUAGGUUACUGGUCGAACUUCGAAAGACCUUACUAAUGACACUCGAUGCAGCUUUCAUAAUCCUACGCUGCCCAGAAAACCAUAUACCAGACACAGGCCAGGAUACGAGCUCGAGUAGAU